AGAUUAGUAAAACUUAAAUCACUUGUCGCGUGCCCUAGUCUUCUUCUUGUUUCAGAUCAAAAGCGCGGUGCUCGACGAGCACUCGGGCAGUCCUCGAGUAGCCCUUUCGGCUCCCCGUCGGUGUUUGGGCAAACAAGUAGUUCAACUACUAGUCCGUUUGCUCCGAAACCAUUCGGCUCUUCAAAUCCAUUGGGUUCGCCGACAGGGAGCUCAAUGUUUGGCACAUCAACUGGAGUAUUUGGGGCGCCUUCUAGCACACCAGCUUUUGGUGCUUCCUCAUCACCCGCUUUAGGAAGUUCAAUGCCAUCCUUUGGUGCUCCGUCAACACCUGCAUUUGGCAGUUCAUCCUCUUCCUUUGGUAGUUCAUCUGUGUUUGGGCAGAAACCAGCCUUUGGAGGAUUUGGGUCAACUCCUAGUCAAUCAAGCCCAUUUGGUAGUUCAUUCCAGCAAACACAACCAGCAUUCAGAAGCAGUCCUUUUGGUUCCACCACGUUUGGUGCUUCAAGUCAACCUGCAUUCGGUGCUGCCAGCACACCAGCUUUUGGUUCAUCAAGUACACCUACAUUUGGUGUAGCAUCAACCCCAGCCUUUGGUGCCUCAAGUACGUCAGCCUUUGGUUCUACAAGUACCCCAGCAUUUGGUGCUACAAGUACUCCAGCAUUUCGGUCCUCAUCAACUCCAUUGUUUGGUAGCACAGGAUCUGCUUUCGGGGUUUCAAGUACUCCAGCAUUUGGUUCUACAACAUCAUCAGGAUUUGGUGCUCCUGGCACCUCCUUGUUUGGAUCUUCAAGUACUUCAGCAUUUGGUGCAACUAGUACCCCCACGUUUGGGUCUUCGAGUACCCCUGCUUUUGGUGCAUCAAGUGCUCCUUCCCUCAGUUUUGGUUCCCAACCGUCUUUUGGUCAGUCAGCUUCUACAUUUGGGAGCACGCCAUUUGGAGCAACACCAUCGCCUUUUGGUACUCAGAGUUCCUCGUUUGGUACUCAGACACCCACACCUGCUUUUGGUAGUCAAGGUUUUGGCCAAUCAGGUUUUGGCAGCCAACAAGGAAGUCGAGUAGUACCUUAUUCUGCAACACAAGAGGCUGAUGCUGGUACACAGCCUGCUGGGAAGCUGGAGUCAAUAUCGGCCAUGCCUGCAUACAAAGAUAAAAGUCAUGAGGAGUUGAGAUGGGAAGAUUAUCAACGUGGUGAUAAAGGUGGUCCCAGUCCUAGCGGACAACCAGCAAGUGCUAUUUCUUUUCCUGCUCAAGCACAAGCAAACCCAUUUGGAUCUACAGCGACAUUUGGUCAGCCUGCUGCAAACCCAUUUUCCUCUACUACGUCAUCGAACCCCUUCGCGCCUAAAACUCCAUCUUUUGGUUCAUCUGGCUUUGGUGCCUCAUCCCCAUCACCUUUUGGCUCAACAUUUGGUUCUUCAUCAUCCAGCCCUUUUGGAUCAACAUCUUCAACAACUUCAUUAUUUGGAGCUCCUAGUAGCACUCCAUUUGGUUCUAGUUCUUCACCAUCCCUUUUUGGUGGAACGACGACUUCUGCUUUUAGUUCUCCGUCACUUUUUGGUUCGACAGCUGGGUCGACUUCAACAUUUAGUUCUGGGCUGAACUUCGGCAAUACUCAAUCCUCAGGACUAUUUCAGUCCACAACUCCAUCUCUGGGGCAAACACCGUCUCCCUUUGGACAAUCAACCGGUUUUCAGCGGUCAACACCAGCUUUUGGUUCAAGUUUGUUCAGUACGCCAUCAUCUGGAUUUGGCGGAGGCCUUUUUAACAGCUCAUCUUCAGCACUUUCUACAAGCACUCCUAUGGGUUUUGGUCAGACAACUCCUUCUCUAUCAACUCCUUUCCAACCGUCUGCACCUGCUCAAACCUUUAGUAAUUUUGGGCAGACGCAGCCAGCACUAUCAGGUGGUUUUGGAUGCUCAAGUCUUGUAUGUAAGAAUGUAAUUUUUUUUAUCUCGUAUCUUUCUCAAACAUGUUUGUUUGGAUUAUUCUGUAUUUUCGUAGGUUCAUCUGUGUUUGGGCAGAAACCAGCCUUUGGAGGAUUUGGGUCAACUCCUAGUCAAUCAAGCCCAUUUGGUAGUUCAUUCCAGCAAACACAACCAGCAUUCGGAAGCAGUCCUUUUGGUUCCACCACGUUUGGUGCUUCAAGUCAACCUGCAUUUGGUGCUGCCAGCACACCAGCUUUUGGUUCAUCAAGUACACCUGCAUUUGGUGUAGCAUCAACCCCAGCCUUUGGUGCCUCAUGCACCCCAGCCUUUGGUGCCUCAAGUACGCCAGCCUUUGGUUCUACAAGUACCCCAGCAUUUGGUGCCACAAGUACUGAUGUAGUUUCGCCUAAAACUGAAGUUGAAAGGGUAGGAACAGACGCAGAACCUCAAACUGAUGUAGUUUCGCCUAAAACUGAAGGAUCUUCUAUUGGACUCGUGCUCGCUCCGUCAUUGCUUGAGUCUAUUAAGGCUCUAAUAUCUGACGAAGAUCCGGACAAGAUCUUUAUCUGCUCAGAUAUCCAAAGUUUUGUCUAUUUCCUGAACCUUAUGAUCGAUCGAAAUCUUCAUAAAGGAUUGUCUUUUGAUGGCUUUAAGAAGUCACUCGAUCGACAUAUAUCGGGGAUUAGAGAAGAUGGAUAUCCUGAAUUGGCCGAUUUGAUUGAAGAAUACUUGGUUCAGUUGAAGCAGCAGGUCGAAAACUUAAAGAAUCUUCAGAAUAGCGGCGCUUCUUCUUAUGUAUCGGUCCAACUAGAUCUAAGGCUACAAGCAUGGCAUGAUUCACAAAAAUCGGCCGAGCUCGAACUUCAAAAGUUAAGAGACCGUGUAACCCAGAUGAGAUUAGGUAUUGCCAAGAAGGUACAGGCUAAGGCCGAUUUACUCGAAUCUUUAGAAUUACGUCGAGCUCAUAUAGCCCACUUGGAAAAAGAGCUUGCAGAGGCCAAAGAUGCUGAGGGUAUCUUGGAGCUUGAUUUGACUGAAGCUGAACAUGUUGAAACAGACUUAUUCAGACAGCUGGAGCUUCAAGAUAAAAAGCUUAUCGAGACAGAACAAGAAGUUCUCCAAGCUCAGAACACCAGCGCGGAAUUCUUACGAGCUAAUUUAAAAGCUGAAUUUGAACAAGCUUAUGCAGAGGCACUCUCAAAACUUAAAGGAAAAAUCUGUAAUUACAAGUUAUGUUUAGAUUAAGAACAUUUCUCUUGUAAUGACACUUUUCUUGUAUUGGAACCUCUUUUUACAUUUA